CUAACACUGAGUCACUGGUCACGUCUGAACGGAGAGACAUGCAGACGUUUUUGCGUGGAAAACGUGUGGGCUACUGGCUCAGCGAGAAGAAGGUGAAGAAACUCAAUUUCCUGGCUUUCGCCGACAUGUGCAGGAAAAGAGGCAUAGAGGUGGUGCAGCUUGACCUGAGCCAGCCUCUGGAGGAGCAGGGACCUUUAGACGUCAUCAUCCACAAGCUGACAGAUCUGAUCCUAGAGGCGGACCAGAACGACACCCAGUCCCUGUUACUGGUUCAGCGUGUGCAGGACUACAUAGAUGCUCACCCUGAGACUAUAGUUCUGGACCCACUCCCUGCCAUCAGAACACUGCUUGACCGCUGCAAGUCAUACCAGCUGGUCCACCGAAUAGAGGCCUGCAUGCAAGAUGAGAGGAUCUGCUCUCCUCCAUUCAUGGUGCUGAACAGUGAGUGUGGUCCAGAUACGCUGGAACAGAUCAAGCAGCAUGGUCUUACAUUCCCCUUCAUUUGCAAAACACGAGUAGCACACGGAACCAACUCCCAUGAGAUGGCUAUCAUCUUUAGUGAUGAGGAUCUGAAGGAUGUGAAGCCCCCUUGUGUGAUACAGAGCUUCAUCAACCAUAAUGCAGUGCUGUAUAAGGUGUUUGUGGUGGGUGAGUCCUAUACCGUGGUGGAAAGACCUUCCCUGAAGAACUUCCCUUCUGGUCCUGCUGACCGCAAAGCUAUUUUCUUCAACAGCCAUAACGUGUCCAAACCAGAGUCAUCCUCAGACCUUACAUCUCGAGAUAAUGUAGAAGGUGUGUCCCAGCCACCCAACAACGAUGUUAUUAGGGAACUGUGCACAUCUCUGCGACAGGCUUUGAGAGUGUCUCUCUUUGGCAUUGACGUGAUCAUCAACAACCAGACAGGCCAACAUGCGGUCAUUGACAUCAAUGCUUUCCCUGGAUAUGAGGGUGUUCCAGAGUUCUUCACUGACCUCCUCAACCACAUCACCAGCGUGCUGCAUGGCCAGUCUUCCAGUGACCAUCCUCCUCCACAACUGGCUUCACCUCCACCAGCAGCAUUGCCAGCUUUAGUCUCUGAUCAGUGCUGCAGCCUUUUAGGGGAAGAGUCACACAACAACAACAGCAGCAGCAGCAGCAGCGGCAGCAGCAGUGCAUGGAUCCUGGAGGGGGAAGAAGGACUAAAGAGUCCAUGCCAGAGACUGGGCUGCAAUUCAGCAGUGUCACCCAACUUCCAACAGCACUGUGUGGCCACCAUCGCCACCAAAGCCUCCUCACAGUGACCGUCUUCUUUUCUCUGCUGAACAAAACAAGAUCAGAGUUAAUAAUAAUAAUAAAAAUUAAUAACAAAAAUAGAUUAUAUUAAAGCAGUAUCUAUAAUCCGAAAUAAACUUUCUACUAUAUUUGUUGAUAGUGUUUAUAAUGAGGUGAUGGAUUCCUUAUGCCUGUGUAAUUUUUUUCCCAGUCUAAUACUCAGUACUGUAAAGUGAAUUCUGUAUUGAUCAACAUCUUUGUUGUAGUGUUUAUAUUUGUUUUAAAAUGUGUUUUAUUUUGAAGCACUGUGGAGAGCAAGGAGAGAGAUUAGUUUGAAGCUAGGCGUUAGAAGGGAUUCUCAGUGUAUACCACUGGAUUUUGUAGGAUGGGGUUUUAAUAAUACUUUAUUCAUUUGCCAGUGGACAUGUACCUAUAAGUCAACUUCAUGUUAAGUGUCAAUCCUGCGCUGUAAUGGUCUCUGAUGUGUUCUUGUACAAGUCGCCCUAUCUUCCCUCUGCACUAAGAAGAGCAAUUCUGUGGAAAUAUUUUUUCUUGUGAGGAAGAAUGUUUGUAACACUUUUUCGCUCCGUUAGUGGCUGUGUAAUUCAGCUUUAGCUGUUCAGCUUAGUGGUUUCUUUUUAGAUGACUCCUGCAUUUCUUUGUAAGCAUUUCCUUAUUUUGUGACGAUCCAAACCGUGGGAAUUGCAAUGUCAAAGGUCGUUAAUGUUUCAGAUUGUGUUACAAGACAACAAAUGUGAAACGUGAAAGUGCAUUUUCUGUGUGAACUCAUGCAUGUGUUUGUGUCUGACCAGAAAUUCUUGCAUUCCGAUAUUUUGGGUGUGGUCUGGUGCAGUUGCUUUUGAAUCAUACAGUUCUGUAAUCACACCUCCUUACGAUCCACUCUUGGGUAAUUGGAAUGCAGGGUUUGUUAACUGAUGACUGUAUAUAUGCAGGUGUUUAAUAUUUUUAAAUAACACAAGGUGUGUUUCUGAGAAAUCUCACUUGAAGGUGAUUAUUAAUGCCUAAUAAUAUAACCAUUCCUGUCUGUUUAGGUGAUCAAGAAUUAUAUUUAAUUUAUAUUAGUUUUUUUUUAUGACUAAUGACUUAACAAUCCAAAUGCUUUAGAUCUGGUUACAUCAAAAAAAAGUUAGAAUUGCUAGAAUUUUUUUUUUAAUGGAGGAAAGCUUGUAUUAAAAACAGUUAUUUAGCUCUAAUUGAAAUGAAUGACAGUUACCUUUCUGAUCUCUUAAAAAAUUUUCAUUUAGGAAAUGCAACCAAUACAAAUGGUUUACCUGAAUUAACUGUGUUUCUUAUAUAAGCACUACAGUCUUAAAAGACUUUGUUUUGGAAAAUUCUCUGGCUGAUGGCAUUCACAUGGAUUCCAUGAUUUAUAAACAAAUUUUGUUUGUUAUACCUUUUUAUUAGUGAUUGUCUAGGUUCAUGUCACUAUAUUGUUUUUAUUUAGCAAAGGGAAAAUCAGUUGGAAAAUUAGUUGGAAUUCAUGUUUUUGUUCAGAUCUAUAGAUUAAUAGUUAUAUUUUAUUUUAGAUUUUACCAUCUAAUAUUACAUUUAAAAGGGAAAUAUAAUCAUUUACAAUAGGCAGUUAACCUGGGCAUUUGAGUUCUUUAUUAUUAUUAUUAUUAUUAUUAUUAUUAUUAUACUAGAGCACUCAAGAAUAUUUGAAAAGACAGUUUGAAAAUAGUCACGGCUUUGCUGUUGUAUCCUGUUUCGGCUUCUGGUUUGGGUCACAUGUACAUUUGUAUUGUAGAACUUUGAGCAAUUUGGGGGGGAAUACUAUUUGUAGUGCAUUCCUUCACCUCUAGAGGUCCAUUGUUCAAAGUCAACCAUCUUUUUUAAUUCAUUGUGGAUACCAAAAUGCUAAGCACAUUUGCACAAAAAUGAUUUGAAAUAUCAACCUUCAUCUUUUGUUGGAUUGUAUUGACUUUCUGCUGGGUUGAACAUUGUAACUGCCAAUCUGCCAAUCUAAUCAACAUACUUGUUUGAAAAUGUAUGGACUUGAAAUGAGUAUAGUUUUGUGUGUACAUACAUACAUACACACAUAUAUAAAUGUGUGUGUGUGUAUGUAUAUAUAUAUAUAUGUGUAUGUGUAUAUAUAUAUAUAUAUAUAUAUAUAUAUAUAUAUAUAUAUAUAUAUAUAUAUAUAUAUAUACAUAUACACACACACACGUGUGUGUAUAUAUAUAUAUACACACACACACGUGUGUGUACAUAUAAUGUGUGUGUGAUUGGAACAUGCUUUACAUGGCUGAUAUGAGGUGAGAUUAAAGUCGUCACAUGCCCUGAAAA